AUGAGAAUCAUCAAACCGAAUUGGGUAACCCAUGAAGAUGAAAAAGGAAACCCACAAACAAUCUAUUCGAUCCAUGUUCAUCCAGAUGGAACAAGACUAGCCACUGGUAGUUUACAAAACUUAAUUAAGAUUUGGUCAACGGCUCCUAUCUUGGAUGAAAGUUUAGAAAACCAAUCUGAAGAACUCUCUCCUAGAUUGUUGUGUCAGAUGGAAGGUCAUGAUGGUGCUGUGCUUUGUGUUCGAUGGGCAUAUAGUGGUCGGUUUUUGGCUACUAGUAGUGAUGAUGCCAUUGUUAUGGUAUGGUUUCGAUCUUUAACAGGAAACCCAUCUAAAUCAUUUGGUGCAAAAACAACUAAUAUUGAAGAUUGGAAACCAUGGAAAAGAUUAGCAGGUCAUACAACUGAUGUUACCGGUUUAGCAUGGUCACAUGAUGAUCAAUUCUUAGCUUCGGUAGGAUUAGAUAAUUUAGUUUUGAUUUGGGAUGGAUUAGAUUCGAGUUUUGGUUUAUUAAAAAGAUUAGAUCUACAUCAAGGUUUUGUCAAAGGAGUAGUAUGGGAUCCAGUUGGAGAAUAUUUAGCUACUCAAUCGGAUGAUCGAACGGUUAAGAUUUGGAGAACUAAAGAUUGGAAAUUAGAAGCCGAUAUUCGAGAUCCAUUUGUAGGAUGUCCUACUUCGACUUUCUUUAGAAGGUUAAGUUGGUCACCUGAUGGGGCUCAUAUUGUUACACCUAAUGCGAUGAAUGGUCCGGUGUUUGUUAGUGCAGUUAUCGAAAGGGAUCAAUGGACUAGUGAGAUUUCGUUGGUCGGUCAUGAAAACGUGGUGGAAGUGGCAGCUUAUAAUCCUAAUAUGUUUUUAAAAGAUAAGAACAAACCUAUCGAAGGUCCUAAUAUUUGUUCGGCAUUAGCAUUGGGUGCAAGAAAUUCGAUUUCGAUUUGGUUAACUAGCUUUAGUUCACCGAUUGUAGUUUUACAUGAUGUGUUUGAUCGAGAUAUCCUGGAUUUAAGUUGGGCUUCAGAUGGGGUGACUUUAUAUGCUUGUUCUUCAGAAGGACAUGUAGCUGGAUUUGUGAUUGAUGAAAUCAUGUCGAUCAUUCAUUUAACUUCACCCGAAGUCAGAAAGAAAUAUUUAGAAACUUAUCCAUUUGAAAAACUCAAUCGACGUGUUCAACCUAGAUUACAAUCUGAUCAAAGCUCCAGAAUGAUGUCACCCUUACCGGCCGUCGAACCUUAUCGAACCGGUUCGAUCCCAACUUCUGUUCGUGCUACUUCAGUUCAUCCUCAACAAAUCCCCAAUCUACCUCAACAGAUGACCAUCAUGCCUAAUGGUAAGAGGAGGAUCCGACCAGUUUUCUUGGGUCAAAAUGAAGCUACUAUGAUCUCGGGUUAUACAUCAUCAGUGCCUGAUGGAUUGAUCACCCCAGCAGAACCUUUGGGACUUAAUGGACUUCCUUCAGCAUCCACCACCCACCCACUACGUCCAUCCACUUUAUCGCAUUCUCAUCCCAAUGGACAUCUUCAAUCCGUCAUGGAUCAUCAUCCUAAUCGACGAGGUUCUGCUUUGAUGGUAGAAGAUUCACGGUCUAUGAUUGCGAGGCAAACGGUAGGAACUUCGAUGGCUUCUAAUCCACAAAGCGCAUGGUUGGAAAUCCCUCCUAUCCAACCGUCUUUGAGUGCUACUGCCACACAUCCGGAUACCAACUUGAAAUUAGAAUGUCGAAAUAUAGAUGAAGCUUCUGGAGUGAAAUUUCGAAUGGUGUCAAGUUACUCAGGUCAAGAGUUAUGGUCACAUGAAGUGAUAGGACGACAAGUGAUUUCAAUCUCACUCAAUCCAACCUAUUCAGCCAUUGGUUGUGAUGAUGGUACCUUAUUGGUUUACACACCCACUGGUAGACAAGCUUUACCUACGAUCGCUUUGGAUUCGGCUUGUUGCAUCUUACAACUUAAUCAACAGUUUUUAAUGGCCAUCACUUCUAAUGGAACCAUAAUGAUUUGGAAUGUAAAAGAAGGAAAAUCAGCAGGAUUACCGAUUAGACUAAACGAUUUAUCAAUUCCAAAAGGAUCCAUAACUUCUACCUCGUUAACCUCUAAUGGAUUACCAAUCAUCACAAUCUCGAAUGGAAGUUCAUUUACGUUUGAUCGAGAUCUGAUGAAUUGGGUGAUUUUGAAAGUCAAUGAAGGGAUUGAAGAAAGCUUGUUCGGUCUAGAAAGUAAGUUACAUGGAGAGAUGGUUUUGGGCAAAUCCAAUCAACUUGAGGUUUGUUUGAUGAGUUAUUUAAGGUAUUUGAUGAGACAUGAAUCGGUUAAGAAGAUUGAAGAGUUUUGUUCGGAUCUGUGGAGUGGUCAAGGUGCUUUAUUUAGCGAGCAUCGCAAUCCUUCAGAGGUCAAGUUAAAGUUGAGACAACAAGAUCGGAUUAUGUUAUUAAGGAAUGUGAUUGAAUAUCUAGCUCGAGAAGACGCUUUUCGUUCGAUUUGUGAUGCUUAUCAUAUUCUUUUGAGACAUAUACCAUUGGAUUUGACGUAGUUUUUAAUUAAGAAGAGAAGAUUUAUGAAGCUUUUGGAUGACUCAGGAAAUAGGAUUCGAUCAUCUUCUUUUUUUUGGGUCUAAAGGAAAACGAAAACAUAACUCAUUGGAUUUGUCUGAUUAAUUUGAUGUUGAUUGAUAUUUAAUUAAGGAUUGGAAGGUUUUAGAUUUGGAUAAGUUUUUUUUGGUUUUGGUUUUGUAUAAAUUAUCAAAAAAAAUGUAAGUAUGUAAACAUCAUGAUCACCUUAUUUUUCAUCUCAACAUACAUCAAGAUGAGUUUGUGUUUCUUUUUGUUUAUAAGUAUUUUUAAUUUAUUGUUGUGCUUAUGAUGAUGAUGAUGAUGAUGAUAUUGUUAGCUUGAAUAUAAAUAUAUAUACUUAUAUGUAUAUCGUAAUAUAGGAUCAUUUAAAAAGUAGAUCAUUUAAAAAAUAUUAAAUCAACAUGAAGUUUUUUUGUUGUUUAAAAUAUCUUUAGGUUUAUUUAUUUACCGGAUUUGAUUUGAUUGAAUUUAUGUUUUUUAUGGAAAAAUUCUUUUUUUCUUUGUUUUUUUUUGAAAAAAAUGUUUGGGUAUUUUUGUACAUUUAGAUCAUUCUGGAAGUAUACAUUUAAACAAUUCUGGCAUAGUAUUUUUCUGGAAGAUUUGGGAUUGGAUUGAUUUUUUUCUUUGGUUUUUGGUUUGGUUUAUGAUUUUACAUAGUAGACAGAUGUCAAUGAGUAAUACAUUUGAUGAAUGGUGUAC